AUGGAUGUUGAACAUCUUUUGAACUACCCCAACGAGAAUGAUACAGUUAUGGAAUCACUUACAGAGGAAGAGAUUAUUCAAUCUGUAAUGAAUAAUGAUAAUGAGAAUGAUCCUGAACAAGAUGAUAGUAGCAUUGUCUCACAUGUAUCGUCAAAGGAGGCAUUUCAAGCAAUGACUACAUUGUCAAACUAUUUGGUACAACAUGAAAAAAAUAUUUUGAAAAUUGUGUUCGCUCUUCAAAAAGUUAAGGAUGAGAUUAAUUUUGAUUUUGGUGGAAAGAACAAACAAUCAACUAUAGAAUCAUAUUUUAAAAAGAAAUAG